AAGAAGAAUGUGUGGCAUUCGACAUUCCAUUCUGAGAGAGAGACACCUCUGGUUUAGAGAGAGAGACACCUGAGCUGCUCCUGGGGUGGGUACUGCAGCUCUGGAGAUAUGGGUAUGAAGUGGCAGCGGCACUCCCCCUCACUCAACAUUAUCGCUUAGAAGAAGAAAAACCCAAUUCAACCCUCAAGCUUAGAGAGAGAGAUGAAAGCGUGUCCGUCUUUCCAGUGCCCGAAGCCGUUGUUUCGUUCCUGCGUCACCAUUUGGACCAGAACCACCUCACUUUCAAGGACCCAAUUGAGUUAUCUUGGACAACUCCAUUCUUUCCGUGCAAAAUCAGCUGAACCGGAGUUUGAUGGGUCUUCAAGCUUUACGGCAGUCCCGUUGAGUCUGCUCACAGCCGAAAAGGAGGAGGCUAAAGCUGUGUUAUCCUUGUUCCUGAGGAAACUUGGCUUGAGUAGUGCAGUUGCUGCAAGGACCAUAAAGAAAUCCGAGUACUUUAUCGAACACCUGAUCUCAAGGCUUCACUCUGUUCAUAAGUCUCGAUAUCUAGUAGGAAGAGAACUAACAACACUCGAGAUCAGAGAUGCCCUGGUUCCAUACCUUGAAUCCCUCUUGGAUGAACAUGGUGAUGUCCUGGUGGAUGUCGUGGAGAACUUCCCAAACCCACCUGGAAGAGAGAGACCCACAAUCUCCACUCCUCCUACCACUUCAAGCCUGAGCUCCAAGAAAGUAAAAGCCAUUGCAAGAGUAAGCGAAUUGGGCUCUGAUGGCCAGCUACCUGCACACAUACUCUACCUUAUUGAGCUAGGCUUGGAUAUGGACCAGAUCAAAAAAAUGGCUCGCAAGUUUCCAGCUUUUGCUUACUACAGCUUAGAUGGCAAGAUCAAACCUGUGGUUGAACUCUUCCUAGACCUUGGAAUUCCUCGGUCUGAAAUUCCAGGCAUCCUCUUUAGAAGGCCUCAAUUAUGCGGUAUCAGCCUCUCUGAGAACCUAAAACCCACCAUGACAUACCUUGAGAGCUUGGGUGUUGAUAAGGAAAAAUGGGCAAAGGUGAUAUACAGAUUCCCGGCUGUGCUUACGUAUAGUAGACAGAAAGUGAAGAUCUCUGUAGAUUUCUUCUCUGAACUGGGCCUUUCUGCUGAGAGUAUCGGAAAGGUGUUGACGAGGUGCCCUCAUAUUAUUAGCUACAGUGUGGAGGAUAAACUUAAACCCACUGCUGCGUACUUCAGAUCGUUGGGUGUUGAUGUUGCAUUGUUGCUGCAUCGGUCUCCUCAAACUUUUGGGUUGAGUAUCGAGGCCAACUUGAAGCCUGUAACUCAGUUUUUUCUUGAUAGGGGUUUCAAUAUUGAGGAGGUUGGGACCAUGAUUUCAAGAUAUGGGGCUUUGUAUACGUUUAGCCUGGCAGAUAACCUGAUACCCAAGUGGGAAUUCUUUCAAAGUAUAGAUUAUCCAAGGUCUGAGCUCGUGAAGUUUCCUCAGUACUUUGGGUACAGUUUAGAGGAGAGGAUAAAGCCAAGGUUCGAGCGAGUGAGGGAUCUUGGUGUGGAGGUGUUGCUGAAUCAGGUGCUGUCUACUUCUGAUGCUGAGCUUGAAAAAGUUCUCGAGAAGAAGGCGAAGAAGAUGACCGAAGGAGUUCUUCCUCCCACCCUGACUGAUUUUGAUGCUUUGCAAGUCGAAUCAGAGAUGAAGGAUCUCAAAUUAUAAGCACAGGUGACCCUUAAUUGCUUUUGGAUUUUUUAUAUUUAUUGGGAUUGUAAUGCAGUGUUGCAGACCCAAGGAAUGUCUGGGAUGUCAUCCAACCCCCUCAAGUUGAGCUUUAUUUGAAACUGUGAUGGACAGAAUGAAAAAGAAUAAGGACAUGCAUUUUUCAGGGGGAAAGAAGUACCUUCCCCAAAAUAUGGCCGAGUGUUAAUUUGAUAGUUUGCCUAACAUCCGUGUUUAGAUAAGAGUAAAUUAUUUAUUUGUGGAACGACAUGGUCAUUUAAGUUCAUAUCAGGCAAAAUGUGAUCCUUCUUUCUUUGCCAUUUCAUAAGCCAAAGUACAACAAAGGUCACUGCCCUGAAUAAAUGAAAGGUUUCAUUGUGGAAAAAUGAUCCUAGAUAAAAAAUUGUAGAUGCAAUAGGAUUGGUGAUGAGCAGAGAUUGCCGCAGUCCUCACACAAACCGGGUGUCACAUAAUUGGAUGUCAAUAAACAUGGAGGUCGCUCACUUGCAGGCAUGAGAAGAGAUCAGCAAAUGAAAUGACCUAUCUUCGAAAGAACUGAUACCAGUGUUGGUGCAUCUUGGGGAGUUCUCUUUCAGUUCUGAUAUGCAGCUUUCGGCCAUGGCCAUAACGUGGAGGAGACUUCAGGAUCCAUAUCCCUAAAUUCCAAAAUUCACCAAAUUUUUAGCUUGGAUAUAGGAUGUAAAUUAUAAUGGAUGCAGUUCAUAACAUGCCAAUGUUGUUUGUUUAUAUAUGUCUUGAAGUUGUUCUGAUGUAAAUGUAACUUAUGCGGUGUCACCCUCGUAUUAGUUCAUAUGGAAUGGGCAUGAUUUUGAGUGUUUUCAGAUU